CUUUGGUCCUGUUUAACAGCGCUCAUGCUUCCACUCCACUUGCACAACUGAGCACUCUCAGAAGUCUCGUCACUCAUGGCUCUAGAAAUCUAUGCUGUGACUGAAGACAUGGAACCGAAGCUCGAAGAGCUCGAAAAUAAUUGCCGGAGCAAUAAAGGGUCACAAGUCGACGGAGAAGGCCAUGAAGCAGAGCCCCGAGACUCUGAAGAUCGGGCUAUCACCAAGCUCCCUGAGGACGAUGAUAAAAAUGUCUGCAUGGAGUCAUUGUACUCGGGAAGCUUGGAGGCGCCGUCGCCUCCUCGUUCUUCCACUUGUUCAUCGUGUUCUUGCGGCUUAAAGGACAAAAUACCACCACGAGAAGAAUAUGUUAAUGAAUAUUUAGAACCACGAGGGCGAACACGUUUCCGCGAUCAGUAUUAUUGUAAGGAUAACAGUGAAUCCCCUCCGCGGAGUUUCAGGCGAGGUCUUUUUCACAAUGCUGGCCAUUCUCAACCGGAUUUCUUCCGCGACACGCCCCCGCCUCUCCGGGAAGGAAAAUACCUAUAUUCUUCUUCGAGUCCCAAGGGAAGAUCUCUCCCCGAUGGCUUCCCUUCUCGCAGCCUCGGGAACCAUGGCUUUGGUCAAAGACCUGUGUCCCACCGAGCCGCGCAAAAGAUAGACAGAUUGCCCCUAAAAAAGGAAUCACCUAAUCUUUCUCGCAAACCAUUUCGAUUCAAUGGGCCUCCUUUUGUUCAGAUGAGUCACUCAUCCCAAAGCUUGAAUCCAACGCCUCUCGGUCCCCCCAACCCGGCUUUGAGCCGAAGAGAUAGAGAAAUUAUCAAAAAAUCAACUAGGGGACGCUUAAAAUAUUCACAGCAUAAUACUUCACACAUUCCAGUCCUGCAGGAUCCGAGGGGCCCUUACGUUGGGAGUGAUCAUUCACUCUCUUCUUCAGAUGCCUCCGAGGGGGUUAUGCCCCAAAGAGAUAGGAAGAAUUUGCGCCACCGAAAGCAGAAAAGAGCUCACACUCGGAUAUUAAAUUCAUGGUCAGAUAGCGAGACUGAUUGUUCGUUUUCUUCUGACCUCUCAAAGGUUGAAAGGCGCGUUCCUUUACGAAAUAGAGGAAUGCCAAAGAAACUUCCUAGGAAAAGAUCGGGACCACAAAAGCAAAAGACUUCUCGUAGCUUAGGUCUCUUAGACCCAGCGACUCACACCAAGAACAAUUACCUAUCUCCUUCCGGGGGGGCUCAACCUGAAAUUGAAGUCCGUGUCGGUUUCUCUGGUCCGCAGGGGAAUUUUCAGCCUCAUAUGGCCGAAAAUUACGUUCCUUCCAAUAUUUCUGGGAAUCUACGCCGCAUAAUCUAUGAGUUUGGCCCUUAUGAUGCACAGCCAAAUAUGAGGCAGGUAGAUGAGGGUGGUGCAGAGCUCAACAUGCAAUCACAUAUUGAGCCGGCGCAGCACAACAGUGCUCAAGGUGAUAAGAGUCAGUGUGGCAAAGAAGCUGCGUCCGGGUUGUGCUGUGCCUGUUCACAAUUGCUGGAAGGUAAAUCCUGCCUGAUGUUUGUCGAGCCGCGAAAUGCAAAGAAUAAGACUUUCGGUGAUGUUUGUGGCAAUAUUAGUGUAGGCAAUUUCAUUGGCAUUGCUGGGUUCGCCUCUGUAGCCAUUGGGAUUACCGCGAGAAUGGUUUCCCGCCUUCUUGUUAAGUGAUGCUUUCUCAAGCUUGAUACUGUUUUGGUUACUGCUGAUGAAGUGAUGUCUUUAUCACACUUUUCUCUUGAUGGAUUUUGCUACCAUUUCCCAGUUAUGUUGCUGUUAUAUGUCCAAUGAUAUCCUAUCUCCCGUCUUGUUCUUCUAGUUGUCCUUUUCUUGAAUUUUGAUGCCAUCUUAUAGCCCACAAGUGCCGUUCCUCCAGCCAUUACAUUGGUGCUUUUGCUGCUCCUGUCACAUGCGAUGCUGUCUUAUAACUGACAAA